UCUUGAACAUUGGGUUUCUGUCAGUCUGGUUGUGUCACUUUGGAUUAAAAUGGGUAACCCGAGAGUGCUGCUUGUUCUCUUCUUUAUCGCAUUCAUCACAGUGGCACAAUCUAUUCCCUUCAUUGUUUUGCACGGUAUUUAUAAUAAAUGCAAGAGUCGAGGAAUCCAAAACUUCGUUAAGCUUUUAAGUGACUGGUCUGGUUCUCAAGGAUAUUGCUUAGAAAUUGGAAAUGGAUCAUGGGAUUCUUGGACCAAGCCCCUAUUAAAACAGACAGCUAUUGCCUGUGAGAAGGUGAAGAAGAUGAGUGAUCUAAGUCAGGGUUACAACAUUGUUGGACUUUCUCAGGGAAGCUUGAUUGGUAGAGGGAUUAUUGAAUUUUGUGAUGGAGGACCUCCCGUUAAGAAUUUUAUAUCAGUGGGAGGUCCACAUGCUGGUACCGCUUCUAUUCCUCUCUGUGGAUCUGAGUUGAUAUGCACACUUGUUGAUGAUAUACUCAAAUUUGUGAUCUACAGCAGCCUUGUCCAGGAACAUCUGACUCUCAGUGGAUAUGUUAAAAUACCAAUAGAUAUUGCUGGCUACAUAAAGGGGUGUAGGUUCCUUCCUAAGCUUAAUAAUGAAAUUAUUAAUAAGAGGAAUUCUACCUACAAGCAACGAUUUGCUAGCUUACAGAAUUUGGUACUUAUCAUGUUUGAGCAAGAUAAAAUUUUAAUACCAAAAGAAACAUCCUGGUUUGGUUAUUAUCCAGCUGGGGCCUUCCAUCCUGUUUUGCCAGUACAACAGACUAAGCUAUACACUGAAGACUGGAUUGGCUUAAAAACUCUAGAUGAAGCUGGGAAAGUUAAAUUCGUUAACGUGUCAGGGGAUCAUGCUGAUAUCUCUUGUAGUGAAAUGAAAACUUAUAUAGUGCCAUACUUGAAGGACCAGACAUCAAGAGUUACAAGGCCUAAAAUACAAGAACCUUCUUCUGAUUGUUGAAACUGUUGGGCUCAAUGAAGUGAGAAUAGCUAUUAACCAGUGGAAUACUGUUCUAUUCUUGGUGUAUGUUUGGGUGUAUUUGGCCAAACGGGCUUUUGGUUGCUCAAACAGGCUUUUGCCUAAUUUUUUAUUGUUCGGUUUGAUGUUUGUAAUUGGUAUCAGUUUCCAAACUUGAUUGUUGCCUUAAAAAGCCCCGAUUGGUCUUAAGUGAAUUUUUUCUUGCUUUGGCAUUCAACAUUAUUAUC